UCAAAGGAAAGCACGAUGAAUCAAGAGAAGCUCGCCAAACUCCAGGCACAAGUUCGGAUAGGUGGAAAGGGAACGGCUCGCAGGAAGAAAAAGGUGGUCCACAAAACGGCAACGGCUGAUGACAAAAAGCUCCAAGGCUCUCUGAAGAAGCUCUCCGUUAACAACAUCGCCGGCAUUGAAGAGGUGAACAUGAUCAAAGAUGACGGCACGGUGAUCCACUUCAACAACCCCAAGGUGCAGGCAUCCCUGUCGGCUAACACGUUCGCCAUCACGGGCCACGCCGAGACCAAGCAGCUGACCGAAAUGCUGCCUGGGAUCCUGAGCCAGCUGGGCGCCAACAGCCUCAGCAGCCUGCGAAAGCUGGCCGAGCAGUUCCCGCGGCAAACGAUGGACAUGAAAGCUGUGAAGGAGGAAAUCGCAGAGGAGGAUGACGACGCUGUCCCAGAUCUCGUGGAGAACUUUGAUGAAGCCUCAAAGAACGAAGCCAACUGAUCCUUCGCUCGCUGCCAACCUUUUUAUUUUUUUUAAUCUGUCGCACGCUCGCUCGCUCAGAGGCUUUCCUCAUGUGGGGAGAUGGUUGUUCAAGGUGCAGUGCAUCCUCAUCAUCAUGGGAAAAAAAAGGAAAUGAUCUUUACAUAACACCUUUUGAUUGUGGACGCCUCAGUCAGCACCCAAAGGACUCGCAAACGGCUUUAAAUCAGCGCUUUCUAUGUGGCUCAUAUUUAAGAGAUGCUUUAUGAAAGGGUGACAAUAAAGAAUUCAUUUUACAUAUAGUGGCUGGAAAUGAUUUAAUAAAACUUUUUUUUUU